ACCCUGUGAAAACCAUCCCAAAGAGCACGCAGCGCAGCACUGAAGCACCACUUCCUGCACUCACUGCUAGCUGCUCACACCGUGCUAGUAACAGUCCAUCACCAGUCACCACCAAUGGCUCCCAAGGUUGCGCUCUUCCUUGCCCUCGGCCUUCUCUUCGCUGCCGCCGCGAAUGGCUGCGAACCCUACUGUCCCGGCCCAGUCGUCCCAACGCCGCCAGUCGUGCCGACGCCGUCGUCGCACAGCCACGGCCGCUGCCCGAUCGACGCGCUCAAACUCAAGGUGUGCGCCAACGUGCUAGGCCUCGUCAAGGUCGGCCUGCCCCAGCACGAGCAAUGCUGCCCACUGCUGGAGGGGCUGGUGGACCUCGAUGUCGCACUGUGCCUCUGCACCGCCAUCAAGGCCAACGUCCUCGGCAUCCACCUCAAUAUGCCCCUUAGCCUCAACCUCAUCCUCAACAACUGCGGCAAGAUUUGCCCGGAGGACUUCACUUGCCCCAACUAAUUGAGCUGAAUAUGGAGAUAAAACCAGCAUCCAAGGAAUGUACCCCUUAAUAUUCGAUCUCGCGAUUCUGAUUGUGACUUGAUCAUCAUCACUGUUUAUCUAUUUUUAUAUUUUAUACUUAAUUAUCAAUAAGAAACAUUCACAUUUUUUGUUUUGAGAAAGAGGGCAAAAUAUGUGCACCAUUACUGUUUUAGAACAAUCGUGUUCUCUGUCUCCCUGAGGAGUUUUCCGGGAGGUAUCUAUAAGACAGAACGAGCGUUGAUCAA